UACCUCCCUUGUUUAAGAUCUUCAAUGGUAAAGAUUGAAUCGGUAAAGAUGACUUGCUAAACCAACCAAACUGAAGAAAAAUCACACUUUUAAUCCUAAAUUUUUGAAACACUACGUGCGAUUAGCAAUUAAAGGGGUUAUUUAACAUAUUAUUAAAAUGAGUAUCUUGGAUUAUAAUGGAGCAGCCAUUAUGGCUAUGAAGGGUAAGAACUGUGUAGCUAUAGCAGCAGAUAGAAGAUUUGGUGUACAGGCACAGACGGUUAGCAUGGAUUUUGAUAAAAUAUUUGAGAUGGGACCACAUCUUUAUAUUGGUUUACCUGGUUUAGCUACAGAUGUACAGACUGUGUCACAGCGACUCAACUUUAGAUUGAAGAUGUACGAACUUAGAGAAAACAGAAAAAUUAAACCCAAAACAUUUAUGAGUAUGGUGUCCAAUCUAUUAUAUGAAAGGAGAUUCGGACCAUACUUUGUUGAACCAGUGAUUGCAGGGUUAGAUCCUAAAACAUUUCAACCAUUUAUAGCCUCAAUGGAUUUAAUUGGUUGUCCCAUGAUAACUGAUGAUUUUGUUGUCAGUGGAACUUGUUCAGAACAAAUGUAUGGAAUGUGUGAAUCUCUAUGGGAACCUAAUUUAGAACCAGAAGAUUUAUUUGAAACAAUAUCCCAGGCCCUAAUGAAUGCUUUUGAUAGAGAUGCUGUGUCUGGUUGGGGAGCUGUUGUAUAUAUAAUUGAAAAAGAUAAAGUUACCAAGAGACUAUUGAAGACAAGAAUGGAUUAAGAAGAAUUGUCCAUCUCUCAUUUCCAUUUCAUUGUUUUCUUCAUACAUCAACCGAGAAAAAUAACUUAAAAAAUAAAAUCAUUAUUACUAUUA